ACUAAACCUAAGGCAAAAACAACAAAAGCUUCUAAUGUGAGAGUCGUCGGGAAACAACCAUAACCCUCUAUAAAUGAUCGUCGUGGACAAUAUUUGAUGACGAUAAUAGUGCUUGUCCUUCCAAUGAAAGGCGCACUACCCGUUGGGAAGUACAACGCAGAUGAUGAAGCUGAGGCCUUGAGUGGUAUCAACCGCAUUUUGCGAAACAAUACAAACAGCCAGAGCCAUUAUGGAAGCGGAAAUGGCAAUGAGCGAUUUUGGUAUGCGCCAAAAUCACACGACUCUCAAGCUCAAGUUUCGUCAGCUGCUAGUGAACAUCGUAAUAAUAACAAUGAUAUGAUGAACCGGUCUAAUCGGAAAUCUUAUCAAUCCCAGAUGCAAUAUGGGACCAAUGACAGAGACCAAAACAAACUGUUCGCUGGUCAUGCAAAUAGCGAGGAUUUUCGUAUGACUAAAAUUAUACGGCGCCUGCAUAAUGAAACUAACACUCAUGCCGCACUGGAGCUCUGCUCCAAACUGGACAUAGCUGUGCGUACACCCCUCAAUAUCGCCUAUAUGUCACGCUCCUUUGAAAGCAUUUUGGACAGCAUACUUUCCCUAAUUAAACAAAGUUCACCGCCAGUUAUUAAAGAGGUCAGUAAGACGCUGGGUCUCAUUGGAUAUCUAAAUCGUGCGGCUUUCCCUAUAUAUGACGAGUUCAUAAGCACAAACUACAGAGCAAUAACACGCCUGCAGCAAUAUUUUAUAUUGGCUUUAAAGACGACCCUAAGCUACGACACCAAAUGUGAUCUUAACAUGCAUUCGGAUAAAGUGAUGAUGGAAUUAAAGGAUUUCCUCGAGAACACCGAGAGCGCAGACAACUUUAUUGCUAUUAGCAGCACCAUCGCUGAAUUCUCCCUCAAAUAUAGACAUGCUUUCGAGCGGCAUUUUACGGAUGUGGUGGACAUUAUCAUUGGCUGGCAGCUAGAAGUGGAACAGCCCAAAGAGCUCAGAGCACAUUGCACGCAUGUUCUGGAGCAGCUGACGCCGUACUUCAGUAAGCAAAUGGAUUUUAGCUAUGGUCUAUUAGAGCAGUUCAUCGAGGAUAUUUUAUCGUUGGAUACGCCAAGCACGCUUAAUUCCAGCGGCAAUGAGCAGCAAACUGCUGAAAGGAUGGGCGCAUUUUUAGGCGCAUUUAAUUCACUAUUAAAAUGCUUGGCACGCAUGCAAAUUUUCAUUGGCAUGCCUACUUGCGAGUCCAUUGUGUCAACCGCACUGAACCAUUUAACCAAAAUAUUGCCUGAUAUGCUUUCUGCUUGGCCUGGUAACAUUUGCAAUGAUGCGUUAAUCAACAUCAAUGAACUGCUUUGUAUAUGUGUACUACACGGUUUUGUCGGGCUGGAAGUAACUACACUAUCCACCAUUAUUGAAUUGGAGUUCGAACAACUGCAAAACUUCAAUGAGCAACAAAAACUGAGCACUCUGUAUCUGCUACUGUGUGUGGUCCGCAAACUGCGCGCUCGCCUGCCCGCCGCUCUGGUCAAACUUGUUUUUCACAUUGACAAUCCUCCGCAGAGCGAGGUGCACAAGUACCUGGAGGCCGUCAAAAUAAACUUUGCUUCACCAGCUCAUCGCAUUCUUUUGCGGAUAUGCCAGGAGACGUUACUUAUCAAGAAUGUGCCGUUGCUGCAGCAGGCUUAUAAACAUCUAGUGCAGGACAUUGAUACCUGCAUGCAGCGCUUGCAGCAUGCCCAGGACGUUAAUCAGAAGAACUCUAAUUGUGAAGAAGAUUCCGGCGCGCUUUUAAUCUUUCAUUUGUCAGCACUUGCGUCACUGGCGAAACAAACGUCUUCUAUCAUUGGCAUGUAUGCGUGUAAUCCAUCGAUUCUAGAGCUUCUAAUCACCAAUUGUCGUGCUGCGGAUCUGGAAAUGUGGUCACAAUACGGUACUACACACAAUGCGCUUCUCCAUCUGCUUGUCGUGCACUGCCAAAAGAAUCACAAUUUUCGGACCACCUCCAACCUGUUGCGUGAGAAUGUCGUCGAUACCCUGAACCCAGAUCACACAUCGCCAACAGCCAAUAGUUUUGCCACCAUACUCAAAUUUCUUGCCUUUGCCCUGGAACGUGCUGCCGACAUGACGCCACUUAAUCUGAAGUUGUUAUUGCAUUGGACUCAGUCCUUACUGCGCGAAUGUAAGGAUCGAGCCGGGACAUUGAUGGAACAAAAGAGCUUUGUCAAGAUCUGUCGCAACAUCGCCGGCAUGGCUUCCAAAUACGCGCCACUUGAGUGUGGCAGUUGCAUUCAAACCGUACUCAGCUAUGAUGGUGGAAUUUUAAGCCCAGAGCUACUCAAUCUAUAUCGAGAGGCGUCUUUGCAGCAGUUAUCCCUACUGGACGACGACGGAGAUUUUCUUGUACAUGCUCAGUUCGCGCAAAUUUAUGCGAAACUGCCGCUCACAAUCGCUCUGGAGCUGGGAACGAACAGGCGCCAAGCGAACCGACAAGUACAACGUACAUUAAGCCAGUGCAGUGCCAUCCGAGACAAUGUGUUUCGUGACUUCUUCGAUGGUUUGGAGUUAACACAACAACAGCCUCAAUUGCGCGCUCUCUUUUCACGGAGCUACGAGGAGAACGCUAUAGAGGAACGCAGUGAGAAGCUGGUGCAGUGUACGCGCCGCUGCCAGCGUCUUGCAAUCGGUUGGCUGCAAUUUGAAGCCGCACGCUAUUGCGUCGAUCAAAAGCUGCGAACUACGCUGGGCAAGCCGCAAGAUACGUUUCUCGGCUUCGAGGCCAUUAUCAUGAAGUAUGCGCGUCUAUUGAGCGGUUGUGCUAAGGAUAACGAACGCCAAGCUCUCGAUGCAAUGUCGCUGCAGGAAUUAACAUCUGUACAGACUAAUAUGCGUAUGCUUCUUGGCUUCCUCGAUUCUUUGGAGAAGCUCAUAUAUAAUGCGGCCGAGGGCAGCGCCUUUGCAUUGCGUCCACCCGAGAAACCCGUCGGCGCCUUCUUCCGACUCAACUAUCCCACCUGUCAGUCCUGGUUCAAUCGCAUACGCAUUGGAGUUGUGAUCAUUGCGAUGCACUCCAUGCAACCGGAGCUUGUAAUACGAUAUGCUCAGGAAAUUCUGCUCUCUCAGAAGGGGCAUGAUGCCAGUGACAGUCAGGCCAUCGUUUAUCUGGCGUGGGCUCUUAUUUGUUGCAAAGAACCCGAUUCACUUAAGGGUCUCUAUGUAUGGGCGCGAUCGAAAAACGGGAAGUCCUAUCAAUGGAUACAGCACGCCGCUGAACAAGCUGCUGGACAAAGAGAAGCAGCCCUUGCGGGCUAUCGCAGCUCGCUAGCCGACGAUGAUUUGGACCUGCACACGCGUCAGUUUGUAAUUGCUCAGCUCACGGAGUGCAUGCACCAUACGGGCCAAUGGCACAAGGCAUUCGAGUUCAAGACGGCAAUGUCUAAAACUGAAGACAGUGUGCUAAAUCCGUUUUUCCAGGCGCACAAUUCGAAUAUGAACAUGCUGGAAAAACUUCUGGCACGCAAUGAGCGUAUGAGUAACGAGUCGGAAAGGCUGAGCGCGGCCCUCCACAGUAUGAGCCUAUGGCCAAGCACUUGGACUGGGGACAGCACAGUUAGCGACUCGUCGGAGGCAUGGCCCACACAUUCCAGCUUUUCCGUCUUGCACAUACGAAAGCAGUUGGAGAGCGUGGUGCUACAGGAAGGCCUGUCAGAGUCGCCUAUGCUGCUAGCACAAAAUAUGCAACGAGUGUUAAACUGGAAUUGGCGCGAGUGUUUGUUGAAUGCCAGCAUCGACAAUCAGCAUUUCACGGAGCUUACGUUGCUGAAGCAUAUUGUGCAAAAGCUUGGUGAACAGGAGCCGAAUCCGCUGCUGCAUGUGGACAAAAUGUCGGAGGAGCAUUUGCUUACACUUCUUCCACUGGACAAGGGUGGCCCACACAGUGUGGAAGCUGUCAAACGGCUGCAAAGUGGUGCUAUGUCCAGUUCAAUGCUAAUCAAAUGCAUCGCCUGGUCGCAACUACUGCCACGUCUGUCCAAUCGAUCCAGCUUGAGUAACCUUUACCUAAAUGCUGCGAUCAGUGCGCGGGAAGAGGGUAAUCAGCAAACAUGCCUGACGAUGCUGGAACAAUAUUUUGUGCACUCGCAGGGUCGCAGCUCGCUGCUAGACAUUGGCGCUCAAUUGGUGAACAACAGCAGCAGCGAGUUGAAUCUGGAAGACGAGGAAUUGUUGCAUGGCUACAGCGAAAUAGCCAAAUGCUUUCAUAUGCAAGAAAAACCCAACGAUCUUAACUCGAUAAACGUGUGUGCGGGACUCUGUCUAGCAAUUCAACGGCAGGUAGUCAAGAAGCCGGAGGGUGCCACUUGCCCCUCCAUUGCUGCGGACCUGCUGCUCACCCUAGCCGAUUGGAUAUCAGUGCGCAGCUCUAACGGUCUAAGCACCAAUAGCAUGUCACCCACGCUUCAGCAGCUGCUCGAUCAGCUGCCCGAGUGUUCCUCGACAAAGUCGCACCAGAUCCCCUACGCUGAUCGCAUGGUGGCGCGUCUCAUUAAUGCCAGCUUGCUGCAAAGACCCAACUCCGAAGACGCACUUAUGGCCUACGGCAACUGGUGCUAUCGCUGGGGCAAGAAGAUCGUGGACAAUGGAUGUGUACUGACGCAGGCGGACGUAAUGGCCAUUAAUCAGGUCACCGGCACUUCUCUGGAUAGCGAGAUGUUGGGUCAGCUAGUAAGUGUGCUAAAUACACAAUAUGUCGAUAACCCACUUCUAGGCAUGGAUGAGCUAGAGGGGAAUGGAGAUGAAGUGCCCUGCACUACAGCAAAUAACAGAGAUGAGGAUGCAACCAUUCCAGCCCUGCGUUGUCUCCCUGUACUGGCCGACAAAUCGGAUGCUGUUAUCGAGAAAAUAGUGGAGAUUUGGCGACGAGCGAAUGCCAACACUUAUGACUACUACAAGGACGCGGCACGUGCCUACUUUCAUUAUCUAAGCCUUAAGUCUUGCGGCGGCGUUGAAACGCAGGAGCGACAGCAACGCUUUUAUGUGGAUGAUAACAAUAUGGUGACAACUACACUGCGCUUGCUCAGAUUGAUUGUGAAGCACGCUUCGGGCUUGCAAGAUGUGCUGGAGCAGGGUCUUAAGACAACGCCAAUUGAACCCUGGAAGGUAAUUAUACCGCAGCUAUUUAGUCGCCUCAAUCAUCACGAGCCCUACGUACGCAAGAGCGUGUGCGCGCUGCUCUGCCGUAUAGCCGAAAGCCGACCCCAGUUGGUAAUCUUUCCGGCUGUGGUGGGUGCCAAUCGAGAACAGCAGACUGACCUGGCCUUGCCGCCCGGUGUCGCCACCAGUGCGAAUGGCGGGUCGCCCGAGCGCCUAAGCCAUUGCUACGGCUAUCUACUGGGCGCCCUUUCCAAGCAGUCGCCAGAAGUGGUGCAACAUGUGCAGCUUCUAGUCAAGGAGUUGCGGCGCGUGUGUCUGCUGUGGGACGAAUAUUGGAUACACUCGUUGGCCCAGAUAUACAACACCUAUGUAGGACGUGUGAAUGCCUUUGCCACCGAAUUCAAGCCAGACGACCACGAAGGCAAGCAGAACCGAUUCAACGAAUUCCGUCCACAGAUGCUGGCCGAUCUGGAGACAGUAGUCGCUUUUACAUCCCGUACGGCUGAGACCAGUUACGAGCGAAACUUCAAACGGCGCUUCGAUACACACAUACGCCAGACCCUGGAAGUCUUGCGCACGCGUCGAUAUCCGGAAGCCUGGGACAAGGUGAAGCAGUUGUACCACAUCUUCCAGCAAAACAUGAUACGGGGCACGUGCAGCACCCUCAAGAUGCAGCUCAUUAGCCCGGUGCUCACCAAUAUCGGCAAGAUGCGCAUUUCUAUGCCGGGCGUUGAUCUGCGCGACCAAAACAUGGCUGUACAUAUAGAACGUGUGGAUAGCGCUGUGGCCAUAUUGCCCACAAAAACUAAGCCGAAGAAGGUCGUCUUCUUUGGUAGCAACAGCCAGAAAUAUACGUUCCUAUUUAAGGGUCUCGAGGAUCUGCAUCUAGAUGAGCGCAUCAUGCAAUUUCUGUCCAUUUCGAAUUCGAUCAUGGCCUGUAAAACUGAGACCCCAACUAGCAAAAUAUGCUUCAAGGCCCACCAUUACUCCGUAAUACCACUCGGGCCUCAAUCCGGCCUUAUUAGCUGGGUUGAUGGAGUAACACCGCUAUUUUCACUCUACAAAAAGUGGCAGCAACGCGACGCCCAAAUCAAGCAGCAACAGCAGAAGCACCGAUCUCCAAACGCUGCCGCCGCUGUACCCUCGAAACGGAUUACCGAUAUGUUUUACAACAAGUUGUCGCCACUGCUGGCCAAGCACAACAUGAAAGUGGGCGACCCGCGUCGUCAAUGGCCGCUGUCGGCAUUGCGCCAAGUGUUCUUCGAUCUAUCCAAAGAAACGCCAUCGGAUCUGUUGUCGCGGGAACUCUGGUGCCAGGCUAGCAGUCCGGCCGAAUGGCGGCAGUCCGUUCGACGCUACACAAUGUGUAUGGCCGUCAUGUCCGUCAUCGGCUACGUCAUCGGACUGGGCGAUCGACAUUUGGACAAUGUGCUCAUCAAUCUAAGCAGCGGCGAUAUUGUGCAUAUAGAUUAUAAUGUAUGCUUUGAGAAGGGCCGCACUCUACGCAUACCGGAGAAGGUGCCAUUCCGACUGACCCAGAAUAUGGUGCAUGCCCUCGGCAUUACUGGAAUCGAGGGUGCUUUCCGUCUCGGCUGCGAAUAUGUGUUGAAGGUCAUGCGCAGGGAACGCGAAACAUUGCUCACGCUCCUGGAGGCUUUCGUCUAUGAUCCGCUGGUCGAUUGGACUGUCAACGAUGAUGCCCCCAUGACGCGACGUGCCAUCGCUGUUAAGCCCUCGAACGAUCUUAAAAGCUUUAAGAAGGAGAAAUCGAAGAAUAAGCUGCAGGAUUGGGACUUAAAGCGACAACAGCUUGUGAACAAGCUGAAUCAAAUGCAAAAAUUCUGGAACAAGUACAAAAUGGAGUUGCAGAUUCAAUUGGGAGAGAUUGGUUGCGUGGUGCUAGAACUGAAUGAGUUGCUAACGCGUCGCCUCACCAUGGAACAGCAGCUCAUCGACCUAAAUAAACGAAGUGCGCUCAUCAACGAAAUCGCAUCUCUCGGCACGGCUAUCGAGAGUCAUUCCUUCAACAGCGCCUCGCAGCGGUAUUCGGUGAAGAGGCACCAGACGGUGUCGCUGCAUAAUACGGCGGCCGCUGUUCAGCCGACCUAUAUAUACGUGCAGCAUAUAGUUCAGCUCUAUCAGCGUACCCUAGAUCAGACAAAUCUGUCACAGCUCAACUCACAGCUCAUUCAGUUUAAAUUGGAGGGCACCCAUUGGCCCAGCGAUUAUUACGCUCUAGCCGAAGUUUUGAUCACACAUUUGCCAGCGGAAACGCUGGGCAAUUAUGAGAACACACGCAUCCAGGCGGAUGAACUGCUGGGACGGCUCAACGACUUGUCGCUGCAGUGUGUCGAGCAUAUGCAGCAAUAUGCCUCGGUCAUGGAAUACUAUCCGGAGCAGCAGAGUCGUCAAAAUGUUUAUCUACAGUUCUACGAAUCAUUCGGCACCUACUUAAAGAGUCAGUCGGCUGAUCAGAACAAUCUCAAGCGCAACAGUUUGACUGUUAUCGAGCCAGCUAUAUCCAAUGCAAUGAAACUGGGCGAGGCCGAGACGAUGGCCAAUGUGUGGAUGCGUCUCAACUAUCAGCUGCAUCAGGCUACUCAGGUGUACGAGAGCAAAAAGUCGCAACCGACGGUCUCCGUAAGCGCUGCUCUACAGGCCCUCGCCCACUUUGGAUGCAAUCAGUAUAUGCUCAAUGUGGCACUUACACGGACUUUGGAUCGGGCAACUGAUGCCUUUAGCAUCUACGAACAAACUGCAUUGGCGAAUAAGGAUGACAGUCUGUUGCAACAGCAGCUCCAAUAUUUGGAGGUGGUAAGCUCGAUGUGUCAGGCUGUGGUUGAACAUAACGAUCAGUGCAAGGGUCAAUCUCUAAUUCAACUGAACGAGCUGCAAAAAGCGCUGACUGCAUUGACAGGACUGAGGGAUUGCUUUGAUCACGAUGUGCCCGCCAGUAUAUUCAAAUUAUUUUUGCUACGCGACAAUCACGAUGAGCUGCAGAGAUUCUGUGAACUGGGCUCUCAGGAGCUGUACCAGCGCUUUAUUAGCUCACAACACGAUCAAGAGUCGAGCGACAUUACUGGAGAAACAACGUCAGCUUCCAAGUCGCAUGAGCAACACUUCUUUGAGGCGCUAUUGCCGGCCUAUAUGCAUUUCCAAAACCUGCGCAAAGCAUUGACCAGACUAAUGCGAACCCUUCGAUUGAUUAUUAAUGUGGACUAUGAUGUCAAAAUGAAAGAUUAUUUGGAACUUAAUUUGCUGAAGGAGAGCAAACUCGAGCUGGGCACCAGUUGUUUCUUCGAUAUGGUUAUCCAGACCCUAAACAUCAGUCAGGGCUUCAAUGUUCUCGAGUUUUCUGCACCCAUGUACGCGUUCAUACAUUUCGUGGAGAUAAAUUAUAUUGCCGGAUUAGUGCCGUUGCUUUCCUCUGUAUUCUACACUGGUUUUUGUGGCACGCACGGCGAACUGGAAGUGUCCGAUACAGGAGAUACGGAACAAUUGUGUGAGAGCCUAUUUGUGGCAUUGCAAUCGGACGGUGUGCUGCAUGAACGCCAGCGGCAUAUAACACUGACUAAUCGUCUCAUCGAGCUGCAGACGCUGGUGGCAACGGCACACUAUUGGGCCUAUGGAUCCGGAUUUGACAGCGAUAUACGUUUCGGUCACGUUAUUAGCAAGCAGAAACUGUGCGCGGCCAUCUACGAGAACUGGCAGACGCUGGACAGCUGCAUGCGCGAUGUGGAGCUCAUGCAGAGCAGUAUUGAAGGGCAGUUGAGCUUGCUCCGUAGCCAGAAGACUAUCUGGAAUCGCAAUAGUAUCGGCAGUCUGUUGCGGAAUGAAGAUGCGCAGAAGCAGCUAACACGCGCCCACGUCAAUGUGAUCAAGGAAGUUAUAGAGCUCGCUAGUGCCCUGUGUAUGAUCGAAUGUGAUACCUUGGCCGAUAUGGAAAUGCGGGAGUGCCAGCAGCUGUUGACCAACAUCGCCUUGUGGCAGGAAAUCUACGGGCAGUGGCUGUGCAGCAGCGGUAUGAUCACACCCGUCGAGGAAGCCAUUAUAGAGCUGCUCGAUCCAGAGGGUCCUAUAGACAAUUCCUGGCUUGACAGUAUAAGUAAACUGUUGGAGGACUACACGUAUCGCGUGCAAAGGGACAUCUCGUCAGUGGAAAACGAGGACCAGGACAAGUAUAAGCAGAUGGUUGCACUAGUCAAGGACUUACAGAAAAUGCAGGAAUACAUGCCACGCGUACACGGACGAAUAUUGAACGUUUUGCAAUCAAAAGGCGAUCAGAAUGGCAAGCUACCUCCCCAAGAUGUUCAAAUCUUGAGCAAUCAUGUGCGCGACUGCCAGAAUACGCUGAAUCAGUUUUUCCAGCGACUGCUUGAUUUCCGCAAGGAAGUCACUGCGGGAAAACGUUCCCUGGUCAAUUCGACGCUCCAGCACUGGCAGACCGAGAUCCAGCACAUUCAAUUGAUUGCCACACAGGAAGUGGAUGAGUUUUUCAAGACCGUAGAGGAGUUUCUUCAAAAUACCGGCGAGUGCGAUUCGCUGCCAUUCGAGACGUUCCCCCACAACAAAGGCGCCCUUAACAUGCACGAGCAGAAACGCAACGCUUAUGGGGUAUCCGUGUGGAAGAAAAUCCGUAUGAAACUGGAGGGACGCGAUCCGGACAACAAUCAGCGCAGCUUAGUUGCGGAGCAAAUAGACUAUGUCAUACGCGAGGCCACUAAUCCCGAUAACCUGGCGGUCUUAUACGAGGGGUGGACGCCAUGGGUAUAAAAACACUAGUCGAGGCCCAGCUGCCAAGGCUGAGCCAAGGUGACUGGAAAUAUGAGUAAAACGAUAUUAAGGCAGACUACAUUGUUUGCGACUGGUGCAGUGCUGUACACGCUGCUGACACAAGCCAACGCGCAUUGCAUUGGCAAUGAUCAGGGGUUUAAAUACAGCGACGCAUCGCCACGUUGUUAUACGCGAUAUUGGGCGGCACGAACCCAAGCGCAACAACAUUGACCCCGCCCAUGUAAAGUUGUACAAGUACUGAUGUGCGCAUCCCGUUUUGGAAAUUUUGAA